AUGGAAUUGGUACCGUCUCCCACAGGAACCCGAAUUUCGAGGCGUGGAGGUACAUGUCCUAUUCUGACAAUUGUCGCGGGACUAUCUUGUUUUCUCCUCCUCGGUACACCAUCUGAAGUGGGUUGGUUGUCCGCAGAGGAAAAGAAGAUAGCCAGAGCUCGCAUCCUAUCCAAUAACACCGGUCACGAUAAAACAGCUGUCAAGGACUGGAAGUGGGAACAAGUUAGAGAGUGUCUACAAGAUCCAAUAUUCUGGAUCGCUGGUGCAAAUGCCUUCCUAGGAUCGGUUCCAAACGGUGCCCUGACGGCGUUUUCGGGGAUAUUGACCACCAGCUAUGGUUUUACGAAUUUACAAAAUAUUCUGUUGAACAUUCCGAAAAUGAUUUUCUCGGCGCUAUUCUUCCUCGCGAUAGGACUACUGGUUUCGAAGAAGAAGAACCUCCGAUUGUGGAUCAUGGGGCUCUCUCAACUUCCGGCAAUUGCUGGCUUUCUCAUCAUCGCUCUUCUUCCAAAUGAGCCACAAUACAAAUGGACGAAAUGGGGUGGGAUUUUCAUGACUUCACCUUUUAUAGUAUCCACGUUCUUUGCUUGGUCGUUAAUCCCGUCAAACAUCGCCGGGCGAACAAAGCGGACUGUCGUAUCAUCAAUCACAUUUGUGGGAUAUUGCGUUGGAAAUAUGGUGGGCACUCAGAUUUUCCAGGCCAAGGAUGCGCCUAGAUACACCCCAGGGACGAUUGGCUGUAUAACAUGCUUAGGAAUCCAGAUACUACUGAUCAUUUUAUGGAGGACCAUCCUGGUUAUGCGCAACGGGCGUAGGGACAGACGGAUGAGGGAGCUAGGAAUGUCGGAAGAUGAUAGAAUCAAGGCUGGCUUGGAAAUGGGCGAACGAGACCACACCGACUUUGAGAACCCCUAUUUCCGAUACGUGAUGUAA